AUGAUCCUUCCUUUUCUCUCAGCUGAACAACAGCAGCCCCAAAUCUCGGCCAAGAUUGCAAGUCCUUUGCACCAGCCCGAAGUGGAGGCAGGAGAAGAACUGUUAUCAUUUAUUCACUCCGCCUCUCAUGGCAAUGACAAACAGCAGCAGCAUCUGACUGCCCCGCUGUCGGCCCGCAGUCACUUCCCAUGGAAGGACGAGUCCCAGGCAGAGACAGAGGCACAGGCUCAGGCACAUGUGAGCUCCCCAUCCCCAUCUGAGAUGCAACAGCAUGAGCAACAAACGCUUCAACAGCAGACGCCGUUUGAAGCGGAUCUCCAGGAGAGCGUAAACGCUUUAAUGGAAGAAGAGGAGCAGCCUGUAGCUCCGCUCUCACCGCUGUCGGAGGCAGAAGAGGAGCAGGGCAUGGGUAGGAUAACAAAUCCAAGAAUUGUGGACGUGCUGCAGUCCAGCUCUAAGCUUCAAACCCUCUACAAAAAAGUGCUAGCGCGGAAGAAGAUAGGCCACAAGAUGAGCUCGAAUGAGGAUACCUAG